AUGGAAUACGAAAGAAGCAGCGACGGCGGGAAUGGUAAUGGUCAAGGUCGAUUGAUCAUUGACGAAGAAAAGCUUGCCAUUUUAAAGUCUUUCUUCAUAAGCAGAAAUAUGGACUCAACCAAGAAGCAGAACCUCGCUGUUAUAAAAGAAUGUGCAAACCAAACAAUGCUCACAGAACAACAAGUGAAGCACUGGAUAAGUAAUUAUAGGGCAAAAACGAGUGGACGGAUAUCAGGAAAAGUAGGAAAAAGCAGAUUAAUGAGAAAAAGAUCUGGCUUUAAUGUAUUUGCCAGUGAGAACCUAUUCAAAGAAAGCAGUGGAUCUUCCUCUAAUGCCUUCAAAAACAUUGGUGACAAAUGGAGAAGCCUUUCAGAUGAACAAAAAGACACCUUUAGAAGAAAAGCAUUGGAAUCAGAUAAAGAUGUUUGCCUUCCUUCCAACAAUGCCAAGGCUAAAAAAAUAAUAAACAAUAUGAUGAAAGAGGUUCAAGAAUUGGAAGCUUUAGGAGGCCACUGUUUAUUGAUCUGCGGCUUUGAAGGCCAUGUUUUCCAUGGCUCAACAGAUGUCGGCAAUAAGAUGUUGAAUGAUAGCGAAAACGAUUUGGUACAUCACUUCGCCAAUUUGCUGCAGUGUUCUCAGGAUGGAAAGGAGAAUAUUUCCGUAAAAGCUAUUCAAGAACUUUUUAAUAAAAAAUACGGUGAAGUUGUGAAAAAGAAAAACGGGAAAAUGCCAUAUUCGAAAAUUCAAGAAUAUGGUAUUGCUUUUAUCGGACUUCCAGCUCAUCUGGAGAUAGAUAUUGGAACUACACCACGAAAGCCUGCUCUGUACGGUUCGGCUCAGCGUCGUGAAUUGUGGCAGUCUAGAAAUGCUUGGUCAUUAACUAUUACUUCAUCAAGUAAUCUUAUUUCCAAUGCUCACACUGAUGCCGGUCAUUCUGCUCUCCAAUCUAUUUCUGAUCCUGUUGUCUCUAACUACAUGUUGUUUGGUCUGAUGGCGAAGAAUAGUAAUGAUGUACAGGCUAUAGCAGUAGUAUCGGGACAAACUCGCGUCCACGGCGAAACGUGGGAGUUGGAAAUGUUGUUGUCGAAAUUCGCCGCAUUAUUCAACCUGGGUUGCUUCCUUUUUGUCCUGGUGCAUUUGAUACGGACGAAUGUGUCGUCGUAG